GUCACGCUUGCACGUUAUAGGCUAAGAAAGCAUCGUGGGAGGUGUCAUUUUUACUUUGCACGUCCUCCCUUCAGAACCCAGCAGUGUUUCGCAAUCUACGCUCGAGACGAUCAACAUGAAGUUCCGUGUAAAACAAACGUUCUUCUUUCUAAUGUCUUUGUUAUUUUUCCAUGUUGCUGCAGACCCACAUGCACCUGAAGUCCACACAAAGCUCGGGGGCCUGAGAGGUCAGUAUGUGAGUGUAAAGGGGAAGGAGACUGGGGUCCAUGCCUUCCUGGGUGUCCCAUUUGCAAAGCCACCCGUGGGCCCUGCUCUGAGACUGGCUGCACCCCAGCCUGUAGAGGGAUGGGAAGGAGUGAGAGACGCCUCCCAGCAGCCAUCCAUGUGUGUUCAACAUAAACAGGUUUCUAUAGAUCUGUUUGAUAAACUUGGUAUGAUGGUAGACUUGCCGGACAUUUCAGAGGACUGCCUUUACCUCAACGUUUACACACCUGCCAACAGAGCUCACAAUGCCAAGCUCCCAGUCAUGGUCUGGAUCCAUGGUGGAGGGUUUGCUAUAGGGUCAGCUUCUAUGAAUGAUGGCUCCGCUCUGGCUGCUUACCAAGAUAUGGUCGUGGUUCUGAUCCAGUACCGGUUGGGACUUCUGGGCUUCCUCAGCACCGGAGAUGAGCACAUGUCAGGAAACUUUGCCAUGUUGGACCAGGUACAAGCUCUGAGGUGGAUCCAGCAGCACAUUCACAAUUUUGGAGGAAACCCAGAUUUAGUUACGAUAUUUGGGGAGUCUGCUGGCGGAGUGAGCGUAUGUCUUCUGCUUCUCUCACCGUUGUCUGAUGGCCUAUUCCACCAUGCCAUUGCUGAGAGUGGCACUGCUGCAAUGGAUAUACUCCUUACAAAUGAUCCUCUACCAGUAGCGCAGAGAGUAGCAAAUAUAUCUGGCUGCAGCCUCGAAAGUACGGAGAAGAUCGCUGAUUGCAUAAGAGUUCUCGAUAUAAACUCUAUUGAGGCUUUGGGGCAGGAUCAAACAUUGAGAGUCACUGUAAAUGUUGAUGGACACUUCCUGAAAAAACCUGUGGAUGAGUUGUUCCGUACACAUGAACUUCUCACUAUACCUUUCAUGACCGGCGUUAAUAAUGAUGAAGCGGGGUGGAUGCUUGGUUCUAUUUUUGCUCCUGCAAACUGGACAGAGGGUAUGGAUCGGGAGCAUAUCAAGAACGUGCUGAUGAUGUUCUUCUCUAACCUCGAAGAUACAGAAUUUGUGUUAGAUGAAUAUAUUGGAACCGGUGAAGAUCGUGUGAAAAAUAGAGAUGGGUUCACAGAGUUGUUUGGAGAUUUAAUGUUCACCAUUCCUGCCAUUAAGACUGUUAAUGCUCACAGAGAUGCAGGUGCCGCUGUAUACCUGUAUGAGUACAAGUAUGCUCCCAAAUUCCUGCAGGCAAACAGGCCUAGCUUUGUUAAGAGUGACCAUGGAGAUGAAAUCUUUACAGUAUUUGGACUCUGCUUCACAACUACACAUGUCAAUUUAACCAAUGCAUGCACUGAAGAGGAGGAACAGCUGAGCAGAACCAUGAUGACCUACUGGGGCAACUUUGGUCGCACAGGGUCUCCUAAUGGGGACGGCCUUGUACACUGGCCAAAGUACGGAACAGGAGAAGACUACUUGUCAAUUCAUUUAAAGCAGGUAACUGGCCAGCACCUGAAGAAGGACCGGUUUGUCUUCCUGACUCAGACUCUCCCGGAGAAGAUCCAACAACACAAAGAAAAGAUGGAGCGCAGCGAGCUGUAGAACGGUCGCCCCCUAAGUUCUAAAAAGUGUUGAUUGAUAAAAGUUGCAUUCCAGUAUAAAAUAAAAAUCUUCUGAAGCUGUGAAA